AAACCAAAAUUCCUACAAAUAAUGAGUCUGGAGAACAGCACUGUGAAGACUGAAUUCUUUCUCCUGGGAUUCAGUGACCAUCCAGAGCUCCAGAGUCUUCUAUUUGCUUUGUUUUUCUCCAUCUACUCUGUUACUCUGAUGGGGAAUCUUGGGAUGAUCUUAUUGAUUGCCAUCAGUGCUAACUUACACAUCCCCAUGUACUUUUUCCUCUGUAUGCUGUCCUUCAUAGAUGCAUGCUACUCUUCUGUCAUUGCCCCCAAGCUACUUGUGGAUCUGAUUUCUGACAAGAAGAGCAUUUCUUACAAUGGCUGUGCUACACAGUUGUAUUUUUUCUGCUCUCUUGUUGACUCAGAAUCUUUCCUCUUGGCUGCCAUGGCUUAUGACAGGUAUAUUGCAAUCUGUAACCCCUUACUUUAUACUGUAAUUAUGUCCAAGAGAGUGUGUGGUCAGCUAGCAAUUGGAGCAUUCAUGGGUGGGACUAUUAGUUCAAUAAUCCAUACCACUAAUACUUUCCAGUUGUCAUUCUGCUCUAAAGAAAUUAACCAUUUCUUUUGUGACAUCUCUCCACUCUUCUCUCUGUCCUGCUCUGAUACCUACACACAUGACAUCAUUUUAGUAGUCUUUGCAAGUUUGGUCGAAGCUAUCUGUCUUCUUGCUGUUCUUCUUUCCUAUGUAUGCAUUAUAGCAGCCAUCCUUAAAACAGGUUCUGCAGAGGGAAGAAGGAAAGGGUUCUCUACUUGUGCUUCUCACCUGACAGUGGUCACUAUUUAUCACGGUACCCUAAUUUUCAUUUAUUUGCGCCCUAGUACAGGACAUUCAAUGGACAUUGACAAAAUGACCUCUGUGUUCUAUACAUUGAUCAUACCCAUGCUUAACCCCCUGAUAUAUAGUCUCAGAAACAAAGAUGUCAAAAUUGCCUUUAGAAAAAUUAUUGGCAAAAAAAUUAUUUUCUUAGGUAAGUGA